AUGGAUGAUGGGUUGGUGGUGGUGGUGGAUAGAGACCGACAUAGCUAUGGGUCCAACACUUCGAGUUCUAAUGGCUUAAUCGAACUUGGUUCACACCAGGAUUUAAGGGUAGUUCUCACGGGAAUUACCUCUUUGUUAGCACAGGGACGAGAUGGUCUAAUGGAUAAGUUUGAUGUUGCUGUGAAAAUUCUUUUAGAACAAGAUUUUCAUCCAGAGAGGCUGAACGAAUUCUUGCAGGAGGUUGCAAUAAUCAGACGAUUAAGGCAUCUAAAUAUUGUUCUUUUCAUGGGAGCAGUUACUCAGCCUCCAAACCUGGGUAGUUUGUAUAGGCUGUUGCAUAAACAUGGAGCAAAAGAGUCAUUGGAUGAGAGGAGAAGGCUGAGUAUCGCAUAUGAUGUGGAUAGAAAUGCUGAUGCAUUGGCCUUAUAUUUUGGUGAAGAUCAUGCUUAUUGCUCUUUUGAACAAGUUAUAGAGAGGCUUGUGAAGUUUGUGAGGGUGCUUAGAAAAGCUCAUGAAGAAAACUGUAAAAAGGCUGAAAUGGAAAAGAAGAAAGCCCAGAAAGAGUCUGAAUGGCGUUUUUCAAAUGGUGUAAACAGGCUGAACUAG